AUGACGUACAAAAAGCUGUGCAGCUCAUUGAGGUACUACGUAAACGAAAAAGUAAUUAGCCCCGUAGGACAGGGACUCCUCUUUCAAUUUGGCGCAAAGGCCUAUGGGAAGUUAAGCCUGGAUCAAGGCCAUUUGCACGGUAAUCAUUCUAAUCAUGGACCGUCACAUCUAACCAGCAGCAGUCCGUCAUUGUUGCCCUCACGUGUAGACGAUGCCAUGGACACACCGACGACACCGCGGGCAUCUGAAUCACGUGGAAAUCACCUGCUGCUGUGA